GAUUUGGAAUGCUUUGACUGAUAAUUAUGGUAACGUUAUGCCAGUAGACUGGAAAUCUUCCCACACCAGAGCUUUGCACUUGCCAACGCUGAAUCUUUCAGAAAAAGGGGUAAAUGAUAACUUGAACCUUGACCUAUCAGAUGAUGAAGAGUUGAGAGAACAGCUGGAUAUGCAUUCUAUCAUUGUUUCCUGCAUCAAUGAAGAACCACUCUUCACAGCAGAGCAGGUAAUUGAAGAAAUAGAGGAAAUGAUGCAGGAAUCUCCUGAUCCAGAAGAUGAUGAAACACCCACCCCAUCAGAUCGACUCUCCAUACUUUCCCAGGAAAUUCAGACACUCAAGAGAUCCAGUACAAACAACAGCUAUGAAGAGAGAGUAAAAAGAUUGUCUGUUGCUGAGUUAAAUGAACUGCUAGAAGAAAUUGAGACUGCUAUUAAGGAUUAUUCUGAGGAACUGGUGCAGCAGCUGGCUCUACGAGAUGAGUUGGAGUUUGAGAAGGAAGUGAAAAACAGCUUCAUUUCUGUCCUCAUUGAAGUACAAAACAAGCAGAGAGAACACAAAGAAACAGCAAAGAAGAAAAAGAAGCUGAAAAAUGGUAGUCCUCAGAAUGGCAAGCAAGAGAGAGGUCAUAUGCCUGGAACACGCUUCAGCAUGGAAGGGAUCUCAAAUGUCAUACAGAAUGGCUUCCGCCACACGUUUGGAAACUCGGGUGGAGAGAAACAGUACUUAACAACCGUCAUUCCUUAUGAGAAGAAAAACGGUCCUCCAUCUGUUGAAGAUCUUCAAACAUUAACCAAAAUUCUGCAUGCCAUGAAAGAGGAUAGCGAGAAAGUGCCAAGCUUGUUAACAGACUAUAUUUUAAAGGUUCUGUGUCCUACAUGAAGAGGACUGCCUUGCAGAAUUAGCCAUGCUCCUUUCUGUGACGAGAAGCUUUCUGUGGAUAUAACUCAUAGUAUUUUUUCAUUUGGCACUAUACCUAAAGCAGCUUCCAUUUACCUUCUCUGUGUGUGUGUGGAUUUUCUAAUCCUACAGUAAAUUGUCUGGGCAUGACAACUCAUCCAUUUUAACUUAAUAGUGCAAUGAACUGGAGCAGGGAACAAACACUGUACAGUUUUACUUGCAUUGUUCUGACUUUUUAAAGUCUAUUUUUACAUUGUAUAGCAUGUAGUAAAUCCUCCUGCACAUUUUGUUGUUGGAAGGAAAAGUAAACUUUGAAUAGUGUAAAUAAAAUAAGCCUCAUUUUAAGGAAUCCAUAUUUAAAGGCAACCUUAGUUCUUAUAGCAAAGAUGAAAAAAAGUCCAUAGUCAGACUUGGAAUUAAAUAUUCAAGUGAGCUCUCCAGGAUGCACUCCAGGGUGGUGUUGGUGAAAAUCAGUAGUCAACACUGCUUUGAAAACUAUACAACAGUAUUGUUCAUAGAGUGAAUAAAUCCAGAUUCUUUGCUUUGGCAUAAAUACAUGAGUGUUACCUAUUCUUGUUAUUUAACACAAACAUCUGAGUAAUGUAAUAUUUCAUAUUUGAUUUUAUUUUAAUUAUUAAUGUUCAUGUGGCUUUAGAUAUUCUCCCAUAUUGCUGCUAUAAUUUUAC